AUGGUCCUGGUCAUGAAGCUUCUGUUCCUCACCUGCCUAUGGCCAACAGCAGUGCUUCACAGUUCUCACAGUCAGCAUCACCGUCUUCAUCGUCGGCAUCAAAUGUCAUUCUCAAGAAAACAUAACAGCAAACGAGAAAUUAAAAUGAGGAAACUUGACAGCACGAAGGUCCGACCACUUAAAUCCGAGCAGCUUCUUCACAUAGAGGACCAUGACUUUGCACUGAGACCUGGAUUUGGAGGGUCGCCAAUACCUGUGGGCAUUGAUGUGCAGGUGGAGAGCAUUGACAGCAUAUCUGAAGUUGACAUGGACUUCACAAUGACUUUGUAUCUCAGACACUACUGGAAGGAUGAGAGACUCUCAUUCCGUAGCAACAAAAACAAAAGUAUGACUUUCGACGGACGGCUGAUAAAGAAGAUCUGGGUACCUGAUGUGUUUUUUGUGCACUCCAAAAGAUCUUUCAUCCAUGAUACAACUGUGGAAAACAUCAUGCUCCGGGUGUAUCCUGAUGGCAACGUCCUCUUCAGUCUGAGAAUAACAGUUUCUGCUAUGUGCUUCAUGGAUUUCAGUAGGUUUCCUCUGGACACACAGAACUGUUCUUUAGAACUGGAAAGUUAUGCAUACAAUGAAGAUGAUCUGAUGUUGUACUGGAAACAUGGCAACAAAUCCCUGAGCACAGAUGAGCACAUUUCCCUCUCCCAGUUCUUCAUUGAGGAAUUCAGUGCUUCCAGUGGACUUGCUUUUUACAGCAGUACUGGUUGGUACAAUCGACUUUUUAUCAACUUUGCACUCCGCAGACAUAUUUUCUUUUUUGUGCUACAAUCCUAUUUCCCAGCCAUGCUGAUGGUGAUGCUGUCUUGGGUUUCCUUUUGGAUUGAUAGAAGAGCUGUUCCUGCCAGGGUGUCAUUAGGUAUAACUACAGUGCUGACAAUGUCGACCAUCAUGACAGGAGUAAGUGCCUCAAUGCCUCAAGUGUCUUACAUAAAGGCUGUGGAUGUGUAUUUAUGGAUCAGCUUCCUUUUUGUCUUCCUGUCAGUCAUCGAGUAUGCAGCAGUGAACUAUCUCACCACAAUUGAAGAGAGAAAACAACUCAAAAAAAGGGGCAAGGCUUCGGGAAUGUACAGCAUGGAUGCAGUGCAAGCAAUGGCUUUCGACGGCUGCUUCCACGACACGGAUGUGGACAUGGAUCUGACUCCCUUCCCAGACCCCUGUGAGGAGAAUGAGACCAGGGCAAGUCAAACCAACAUCUCCAAUGCAGACACACCUCGCUUAAAGAGGAAGAGAUCUCUGAAGGGAAACGUGGGCAGGAUUAUUUUACAGAACAAUCAUGUUAUUGACACAUAUUCCAGGAUUAUAUUUCCCAGUGUAUAUAUUGUGUUCAACUUUUUUUACUGGGGUUUGUACAUAUGA